CCGCCGCUGCUGGCCGGGAGUCCGCUGCCGGCGCUCAGUUGUACGCUACCACCCACGCACGUAGUACGCACGAGACAGGCUCCGCUCGACCGCACGUGCGGUGCUGCUACUGCUGGUCCAGCUUCGCUGUGCACGACGAGCCAUACCUUCGACGACGAGGGAAGCACGCGCAUACUGCAGGUGGGAGUCGAGAGUGUUAUGAGCCACAGCCGACCGGAGGGUAACGGCGAGGAGCGCUUGGCAAGGACAUCGGCAGCCGGCGCCGGAGGUGGAGUGGCCCGCGAGAGCCGCAGCUAUCAUGCCCAAGUUUAAAAUGAAGCAGACCAGCAGUUGCCGAGUCGCGCGGACGAGCCUCUAACGCGAGAGAAGACUUUGAGUAUUUUCACCGGCUCAACAACAUGUCGGGAGCGAAUCUACGUGCUGCUGACACCAGUCCCACGCGUCAGCCAAGGCAGAACCGAACGUACAGCGUGGGACUACCCGAGCGGACUUCCCUCUUCCCGGAUUCGUUGCUUCCAGAGAGCGGCGUCAUACCACCUCCGCUUCCGAGACGACACUCCGCGACCCCGGCGGACGUAAGACCGCCGAUCCCCAAGCGCAGCAGGAACGAGAAGCCCAUCCCCAUCCGACCAAGCAACAACGGCCCCGAGAACCAGCAGCAGCAGAGCCCGAAGCAGUCAUCGGCUCGGAGCAAAGAAACGCGUCAGCCUUGGCUCGAGGCAGCGGCCGUCGCUGCUGCCAAUCGGGCCAGCGAGUUCGAUUUCAACGAGGAGCCGUUCGCUCAGCAACAGCAGCCGAGCGCGCUCGAUCAGGCCUCGCGAGACCUCGGCAAGAGGCUGCAGAAGGUCAACAAGCCCCAGCAGCAGCAACAUACCUUACGAGCGAAUAGCAGGCCGCCGAGGCGAGGACAGCGCUCGCCGAUAAGCAGGAGGCAGCAGCUCCAGCAGCAGCAGCAGCCGAGCAGUCGAUCCGCCGACGAGGAUGACGACGAGGACGAGGAGCCUUUGCGCAUCGGCAAGAAGUUCGCCGAGAUGCAAGCCGCCUCCAGGCGACUCGAGAGGCGGCUGCCCGAGCUCGAGCGACGCUUCCAGGAGAACAGGCAGGAGACCAAGGCCGAGAAGCUACCGAAAGCGACGCAGACGAACCUGCCGCCGCCGCUGAGCUCGAUAUGCAGCCCCGCGCCGAAGCCCAUGAACGCCCGACAGGACAGCAACGUCUCCUCCGACAGCUUCAGCCAGACCAGCUCGCCCAGCUACACCAGCAAGACCAUGGAGGCUCCUCUGCUGCCGCACAAGCACGUCAACGGAAAAGUCCCAGGCCGAGCGCUGGCGCCGGAGCCGGAGAACCCGCCGGGAAGCCCGAUCACCAAAUCCAUGAGCACGCCCGCGAGCUUGCAGACCAUCGUCAGGUUCCAGAACGGCAGCAACAUGUCCCUGCAUCACCGGAUCAUCAGGGACAUGAGGAGACCGAGCAGCCACUACGUGACCAGAGGAAGGCUGCGCUUUCGAUUCGCCCAGGUCCUCGCGAACGCCGUGGCCCUGAUGCUGAUAGCCGGCGGACUCGCAGCUUACUUCAAAUCUUACCCAGCGACGGUGAUAAAGGCGACCAACGAGAACAAGACGACACUAGCGAGCAGCGGAACGACGGCGGUACUGUCGGAGCCGAUCCUCUCGAAUUCCGAGAUGCAAAACCCGGCGCCGGGUAUCUGCCUACCCGUCAUCGUCAACUUCUGCCAGUACCACAAGAUCCCGUACAACUACACCGUCUUCCCGAACUACAUGAUGCACUUUAGCCAGCGAGAGGCUCAGCACGACCUCGAGCUCUACGACGCCGUGAUCGACGUGAGAUGCUACGAGCUUGCCGGCUUGUUUCUCUGCAGCGUUUUUGUCCCCAAGUGCGGCCACAAAAUGGGCCGGGCUGUCGGGCCCUGUCGGAGUCUCUGCUUCGAAACGGUGCGGCGCUGCGGCUUCUUCCUGGACGUCUUCGGGCUCACCUUCCCGGACUACCUGCAGUGCGACAUCUUCACGGAGAGCACGGACCCGAACGUCUGCAUCGGCCACCAGGAGGUAAUCGAGGCCGAGAAGCGCGCGGCCAGACCAGCCUGUCCGAGCGACUUCCAGUGCGACGAGAAGCGCUGCAUCCCGCUGGACUGGCGGUGCGACGGCCACGUCGACUGCGAGGACCACACGGACGAGAUCGGCUGCGGCGAGUGCAAGGACAGCGAGCGCACGGGCCUCGCGGCCAUCAGCUCGAAGGGGGCCGGCAAGAAGAGCAGCAGCGUAAAAAACGUCCUGGCGCAGGCCUCGCUGCACUGCGGCGAGAGGAGGUGCAUGUCCGCCUCGCACAUAUGCAACGGCGUCACCGACUGUCCCUGGGCGCAGGACGAGAGGAACUGCCUGAGGCUGAGCGAGAGGAACGGGGACGUCGGAAGGGGUCGACUGGAGGUGUACCACGCGCGGAAGGGCAAGUUCAUACCCGCCUGCAUAGCCCACUGGACGCCCUCGAGGGCCAAGAGCAUGUGCGCCCUGCUCGGCUACAAGCUCGUGAACUCCUCGACGCUGGUCAUGUCCGAGAGCAACGUGAGCAUCGCCGAGCCGGUGCUGGAGACGUCGCAGCGCUGGAGGCUGGCCCAGAAGAACCAGGGCAACCUGCUCCAGGAGCUGCAGCAGUGCUCCGACCAGAAGGACUACUCCAGCAUCGACCUGGUCUGCUCCGGAUACGAGUGCGGCAGGAGGCCGCAGAACUUCGGCAACUCGAGGGCCCGCACGAGGAUAGUCGGGGGAGUGGAGUCGGCGCCGGGCGACUGGCCGUUUCUCGCGGCGCUGCUCGGCGGUCCCGAGCAGAUUUUUUACUGCGCCGGCGUGCUCAUCGCGGAUCAGUGGGUCCUCACGGCCUCCCACUGCGUCGGCAACCACUCCGAGGUCUCCGGCUGGACGAUCCAGCUGGGCAUCACCAGGAGACACGCGCACACCUACCUCGGCAAGAAGCUCAAAGUCAAGCGGGUCGUGCCCCAUCCCAAUUACAACCUCGGCGUCGCCCACGACAACGACGUGGCUCUCUUUCAGCUCGAGCGACGGGUCGAGUUCCACGAGCAUUUACGACCAGUUUGCUUGCCGCCGGCUAAUAUCGAUCUGGCACCCGGGACUGUUUGCACGGUUAUUGGCUGGGGCAAAAAGGAGGACACGGAAAGUUCGUAUACGGCUCUCUCUCUCUCUCUCUCUUUCGAUCUUAUCGCAGUCACGGUAUACGGCAGUACGCGGGAAUUGAUGGUCUGUUUCUUUCCUUUUCAUCGCCCAGCAUCCGAGUACGAGCCAGCCGUGAACGAAGUGACGGUACCCGUCCUCGGUAGGGAAGUCUGCAACGCCUGGCUGGUGCACAGGGACCUGAACGUUACCGACGGAAUGAUAUGCGCCGGAUAUCCCGAGGGCGGUAAAGACGCUUGCCAGGGCGAUUCCGGCGGGCCGCUUCUCUGCCAAGACGAGAACGAUAAGGAUCGAUGGUUCGUCGGGGGCAUCGUCAGUUGGGGCAUAAAAUGCGCCCAUCCGAGGCUUCCCGGAGUCUAUGCAUACGUGCCAAAGUACGUGCCGUGGAUCCUCAAGGAGAUCGAGGAGUACUCGGAAAACGAUUACGGCUAGCAGAUGCAGCACUCGUACGCGGAGAAAAAAGUCGACUCUGGUAAGCGGACAAAUUACUGGACUAUGAGGAGCGGCAAGAGGGCCUGAGCCAUCAGCACACAGUACGAGCGGACGAGCGCGCGCAGCUUUCAAAAGUCGAUAUUUUAUUAUACCGUCGAUCGAAAGUAUUUUUUAUACCAAAAAAAAAAAAAGAAUGAUGAUACGAGACAGCUGCGCAACACGAAUUUUCACGAGGGGAGAUGCCUGCGUACAUCAGUCAAUUUUACGAUUGCGACAAUAAUGAAAAUAAGACGCGUCUCUCGCUAUCUAUAUCGAGAACACGCAUUGUAAACCAGGACAAUAAAUCGUUAUAUAACCAACGACAAGUUCGAGCGAGAUAAAGGGAAUAAUGGGCACUUGAAACGAAACAAAUAUCGCUAACAAUAAGAUUUCUUUGUGAUGAUUGAUAAUGUUAUAAUAUAUAAUAUGUACGCGCUGCAUAAAUAUCGAUGUUGUUGUGAACUUCUGACGCGGAGGCGGUCUAUCGCGCAACGCUAGCUGCGCGACACCCACGAGUUUGCUAAAGUUUCGCUUUGUGUAUCGAGCAUAAUAAGGAAAAUUUAGGUUUAAGGGCUCUGCGAUCUAGAACACACGUGAAAUAAAACGGAAACAUAUAGUAAAAGCGAACGAUUUAGGUUGGAAGCAUGUAGAGAUUUGCAGAGGCGAAUAUAUCUUUCGUUUUCUUCUCACCACACAACACAACACACACACACACACGCACGCAAUGUACAAUAGUGACUUGUGAGGUUGCACAUUGUUUCAAAGACACGAGCACUAGAAAUCUAGAUUUUACCUAUUUUUUACCGUUCGACAUUUUUUCACACACGAUUUUUGCAGCAGAAAACUGCUUCUUCGUGGAUCUGUAAGUUUCUACGUGUUUCUACAUAAGCGUAUUUACCCGACAAGAGGACAACGCCCGCGAAAGGUCUCUUCCUAUUUAAGUAAAUAGCAAAGUUCAGAUAAAUGAGCGUUUGUGGCAGUACUCUAUAGGGAAUUGAUUAUACUUUUGGUACUAUUACAUACAAAAAUUAUAACAAUACCAAGUAUUUAAAAAAAUAAACUACAUAAGUAAACGAUUUCCGAACAAAAAUAAUAUAAAAUCGCGCAUGAGAUGCGACUAAAAAGAUUUUUGUAUGUCCUAUAGAUUUUGGUGGAGAUAAUGAAAUGCAACCAAAUACGAUGCCACCAAGUGGUUUAUUACAACUUUUCUGGGUCAUUGAUUUUUUAACCUCCAAACAGACAAAGUAAUAAGAUCGUUGAUUGUUUGGCUGUUCAAAAAUUGCGAGUUUACAGAAUAAAACAAAAAAACCCAAGGAAAAUAGUUUAUAUCGCAUGCAAUGCAUCGGUCCUUUAAUCGAGUAUAAGAGUAAUUAUCCAAAGUAGCAUUUCCGAAUGUAAAAAGGCACUUAGAUUAUACACAUUAAGGCGAACAAAAAUCAUACUGUAUAAACUUAAAAAUACGAUAAUUAUGUGAUUGAGUUAAGAUUAGAAUGCGUAAGUAUAUUCAGAUUGUAAAAUUGAAUAUACACAAGUAACACAUAUAUUAAUCAGUAUAUUUAACGCAACAGAAAUGAUUGUCUCAAGAAGUAACUUAGAAAAAAAUUCCAAGUAUUUUAUAGUGAAAUUUGAAAAAGUCAAAAUAUUUCUGAUAUACUAACGUACACGACGUGACUAUUGGGACUAUUCAGCAAUCAGACUUGCAUUUCGAAUCAAUGAUUUUUUUCUAAGUGAUAUAAAAGGAGACAUUGCUUUAUAGAAUGUACAACUAAUAGCCCCUUGUUACUCAAAUAAUACGUAAUCGAUGUAGACGCUAUACCUAUAUAAAGCUAAAUGAUGUUGACUGAAUUCUAGGGAUAUAAAUUAAAAUGAAAAGAAAUACUGCACCAGCACUUUUUUGAUCCGCACUCGAAAAUACCUAGUUUUUUAAACGAAUAUACUUUAUACAAAGGUUUGUUAUUUACAAGACCUAGAAGCCUUACAAAAACACUUGAACUUUUUCAAGUGAUGUCAGAGAAUUAUAUGACGAGUAUUGUUGAUAAAUUUUAAUUGAUAUAUUAUUGAAACCAUAGGCCAAUAUUUGUGAGAGUUAAGUUUAAUUAAAUAAAUUAUACUCCAACUGAGUUAUCAAAGUUUAAUUUAGAUCAAAAUACAUUUUUCGAUUGAAUGAAUAGUUUCUAUUCUAACCAAUUGAUCUAGUUUUGCGUUUGAAAAGUUAUUUAAUACAAUUUACAAAGUAUGACAGAAAAUUGGACAAUACAGUGAUUGUCUUCCUUAGUAUCCAGACAACGCUUUGUAGUUAGAAUAUCAAAAUAAGUAAGAAACUAAUAAAUAUCAGACAAUACUGUGUGAACAGACAAUAAUUAACUAUAGGAAAUGUUCCAAAAACUGGACAAUAAAAUACCUGUAACGUGAGAUUAGUAAGUAAGUAAUAAAUAAAUAACUAUUAAAAAUUAUAGUUAAAUUAAAAUAAAAAUAUUUUUGGUGGAAUCGCAUUUAAAAUAUAUUUUAAAAUAUCUUUAUUUCGACAACGAUUCAAGCUAAGAAUACAAAUCCCGUAUAAUACGAUUUCUAAACCUCGAUCUAUUCAAUAAUUUGUAGAAUUCUACUCAAAAAGGUACAUGCCUACAUUUAAUCAAUUUUUCUAUAAAUUUAAAUGGGAUAACUUCAAAAAUAUUGCUAAGCUACUAAAGUACUAAGUAAAUACAAAACUAAAUAAUACUAUGUGUUUAAAAAUGUAAAAUGAUUUGCUGUUGUGUAAAAUUGUCAAUAUAGUGUUAGUCAGUUUAGGAUAUAUUUUACAGUACUAAAAAUUUAUAAUCUGCGAAUAUAAUAGUGUACAGAAUAAAAUAGGUAUCGUUUGCAAAUGAGAAAAAUCCAUAUGAUGCGAGAUAAAAUUUGCUAACGUUAAAAUUAAAAAAAAACGUAACUAAUAUAGAAUAUAUGUAUAGACAUGCACUCGGAAAAAUAUUCAACAAAUAUUAAUACGAAAUUUGUAUAUAAAAUAUUAAACGUUAUCAACCAUAUGCGAAAACCAUAUGCGAAAAAAUAUUUUAAUCGAGGGUAACGAACAUUUUUCCGAGUGUAUUUUUGAAUGCUGCGCACAAAAUACAGAUAACUUAUAAAGAAAGACUUCUGUCUUCAUGACAUGAUGAAAAUUGCAUAUUUACUCCUGUGAAGUCAAUGUUAAAUAGUAAAAGAUUUGUUAAAUUAAGUGAUAGGUUUAACUGGAACAGUAACUAAAUACUAUAGUUUACCUAUUAGUAAGUUUCACGUGCAAAGAAAUAUGCAUAUGUAAUCAAAACAUUUGAGAUGCAAUCGGAAAAAGUAAUCUUGAAUCAAAACUAUCUCGGCAUAGAAAAAAAUCUAACCAUUCAGAAAACUAUUUCUAUACUGUAACUCUGAGUUUCGUUUGGUUAUGACAACUGUGAGUAGUUGUCAUCAUUUGAUAUAUUAUAGAACAAAGAUGUAAUAUAUAGCCAAAAGUUUGUUGUUGAAUCAAGUUUUUGAUAACGGUAAAGAAAUUUUAUGUUAUUAAUGGUUUGAAUCGUUUCAUUGAGUAAUGUAUACAAAUUAUCAAUGAUUUAUUGUAAACAAGUAUUAAAUGCAGCGAUAUUGAAAGAUCAUAAUAUGAUUUUUUUAGGCAAAAUAAAUGUUCGAUACAUUCAAGAUUGAAAAUAUUUUUAUAUUUAAAUUUUCUUAUUACCACAUUAAGGUGAAAGUUUAAAUUUGAUUUUGCUUUUUUACGGUUAAAUGUUCUUGAUUGAAAAAAAUAGUCUACAUACUUUUAAUUUCGCAUAGAUUGAGAUGUUGAAUUUAAAGUCAUUCUCAAAAAUGCAUAAUUGUAGUAAACUGUAAAACUUUAUAACUGCACGCACAGUUGGAAUAAAUAUAGAGUAAUGAAUAAGCCGAAGCUUGGUAUACUUGUAGAUCAGUAUAAAUAUUAUUGUAUGAUUAUUAUUAUUGUUAUUAUUAUUAUUAUUAUAAAUGAACGUAUAAUAUUAAAUGUAUGAUUUUUACACUGCAGUAUAGUGAAACAAACUUAUUUUAGCGAAACAUAAUAAAUAAUAAUCAAAUACAGCUCCUAAGAUUAGUUACACUUUAAUGGCUAGUGUAUUUAUUUUUGAAUAGGUAUUUUUUAGUGAUCUGCAUCUUGUUUUGACACCGUCCAAACUUUAUUCUUUGAGGGAUAUUUCUUGGUACUUAGUAAAUGUACGCUGUUAAGCGCCAGUACAAAUACGAAAGAUGAAGGAAAUUUUGUGAAAACUAGUUAUACACUUCAAAAAGUAGAAGAAGUCUAUCGUAUAAUUUUGCAGUUAACUUUAUAUUCUAAGCCUCUUGGUUAUUUGACCAUGAAUUUUAUUAUAAAAAUGUAGAUGUAAGGAUUUUGAAGUAUGCACGAAUGAAGAUAUUAAUUACCGCAAGUUACGAAUGCCAUGAUAAUUUUUUUUCAAAGGAAACGUCGAUCAAAUUGAAUUUUCCGAACUAAAUAAUAUUCUUUGCUAUCACAGGUACAAUCGAAUAGCCCUAUAUUACGAUAUGCAUACAUCACUUUAGAUUAAACUAAAGAAAUAUUAUUUGUACAUGAUACAACAAGUUGAUAGAUUGUAUCAAUAACUACUUUUUACAGUAUUGGUGAUUACGAAAUUUGGGGUAAUUUAAUGUGAUUGCUUUCUAUUGUGCUUUACACAGAUCCUAAUCGUACAAUCAAUGGUCGAUAUUAUCGAUAUGCAGGCUGUAAAACAAGUAUAACCGUAUGAUCUUGUAAGAGAAUUAAAAACUAAGCUUAAUCUUAUUACACGUCUAGAAGUACAGGCGAUACGUUUAUAUGAUGUUGAAUAUGCAAUGUGGGUAUGUGGAGAUGUUCACAUAUGUUGCUGUGAUGGGUAGAUAGAAUAAAUAAUUGUUGUGAAUUGUUUCACUGUAAUUGCGCUACGUGGAAUUAAGAUCGAGGCAGCAGCUUUUUAUGAUUAGACUAUCGUUUCACUUCUUUCAAAUUUUCUAUUAAUCAUUAUGUUAGUAUGGUUUGCGCGAUCAUUCUUGAAAUUCACUAUGAGAAAAUCAGUUAAAAAUGAUUGAGUGUUUGCCUUCGACUAUACAUUUACAUCUAAUAGCUACGAAUUAUUAUUUCAAGUAAACUAUAACGUAAUAUAAAAAAAAAUACAUAGGCAGUAGUGAAUAAUUCAUUUAUUUUCAGUAUUAUAGGUAUACUUAAUCUAAAGAAACUAGUAGUAAAGAUUGUACUCAUGUAGAUAUAAAGCCAUUUUUCUACUAAACUUUUUUUUACAAUCAUUAGAGAAAUAAUGUGUUCAAACACGAUCUUAGAUCUUCUUAAAACUUUCUUUAAGAAACUAUUAAAAAUGAGCUCUAAUAAAGCCUUCGGAUCUUGCAGAAAAAACAAUCAUACGUAGUAACGCUAAUGCUUGCACUGCCUUUCCCCUUACAUUUGUAGAUUUUAGAACGCCGAAGCAACUGUCUGACCACUAGCGCAAACUAUAAGGAGUUAACAAAAAAAAAAAAAUUAAAUAUGUACGCGCUGUUCUAUGUAAAUGGA